AGAUAAUUUGAUUAGAAAUAUGAGGGGGUGUUAAAAGUUGCCGGCGACGACAAUUGUACUCACUCGGCUAGGUGGAAAUGGCGGGAGUAGCUUGGCAGAUAUCUAUUAGCCCGUCAUCGACCUUGAGGAGAAGUGUUCAUCAUCGGUCACGAUGCUUCUCUGGUUCGCCGGAGAAGAAAGCGCCGGCUGUUUUAAAGUGGGCAGUUGGUGGAGUCACUGAAUUGCUCCGGCUGUUCUCAGUCACUUCGUCUUCGUCAUCCAUCCCUACAAAUAAGGAUAGAUCAAAGUAUGAGACUAUUGCUCGAGAUGUUGACGAUGUGAUGGGGGUUUUGAGAUCAGAUUAUGGAAAUGCCUAUUUCGUCACAGGUAUCUUUACUUCUGAAAUUUACUCGGAUGAUUGCAUCUUCGAGGACCCGACUAUCAGCUUCCAGGGUGAGGAAUUACAGUACUUAAGGAUAGGUCUAUCUCAAUGUACAGAGUUGUAUGAACGCAACUUGAGAUUACUGGUUCCGUUCCUCGAAGAUGCAUCCAUAGAACUGCAACAUAUGGAGAAGAGUGAGUUGUCUGAAAGAAACUAUAUACUAGCGACAUGGAAGCUAAGGACUUACCUGAAACUUCCUUGGAGACCAUUGAUAUCAAUAAACGGGAAAACGGUCUAUGAUCUGGAUAGAGACUUCAAAAUCGUGAGGCAUGUCGAGAGCUGGAAUGUCUCUGCGCUUGAAGCAGUUGGGCAGAUAUUCACCGUUAACUCUUUUCCCUCCAGUGGUUGAGAGUAAAAGCACUAAGAUUCAUCAACUUGGCCAUGGUCCAUAUAAUAAUGUCUACCAAUUCUUAGUACAUAGUACAUAAACUGAUAUAAUAAAAUACCUAGUCAAAGUCUGUAAGACUUAAAUUGUAAUAGAGUGAAUAGGAACGUACGAUGUAUGAAACAAAGAAAAAGGUAUUGUCACACGUAAGUAAGGAAUAAGCAUGUCAAAA